UGCGACAAUGCUUUUCGUAUAACGCUUGUUCGUUUCAUCGACGCAGGGAUCGGCGUCCAGCGUCCAGCGUCAGACGCAGCGUCCAGCGUCAGACGCCGAAAAAAAACAGCGUCAGCGUCAAAAAAUCUGCGUUUUUUAGCUUAUUUACAAUUUUACCCUUAACCUAAUUCAUUAUUUAUAAAAAAAAACCUAUUAUUUGACGCAGCCGCUACUCUUCUCCUCCAUUUGACGCUUCUCACAGACCUCUUCUCACAGACCUCUAGAUCUCCAUCUCUCUCUCUCCAUCUCGUGCUCUCUCCCCAUCUCGAGCUCUCUCUCCAUCUCGUGCUCUCUCCAUCACUCCAUCUAGUGCUCUCUCCAUCUCUCCAUCUCUCUCCAUCUCAUGCUCUCUCUCUCUCUCUCCAUCUCGAGCUCACUCUUCAUCACUCCAUCUGGAAACCAACGGGACUCACCUCUUCAUUCUGUUCAGACCCCUCAGGCUCUCACUCUCUGCCAAGCUCUCGACGACCCUCUUAGCACUCUCUCAAGGUGCUCUCUUCUCAAGCUCACACUCAUCAGCUCUCUCUUUCUCUCCCCGUCAAACAUCUCUCGAGCUGUGUCUGUGUCUCAAGAUCACCCUGCCAAGCUCUCACUCUCAAGCUCACUCUCUCUUUAAAGUGUUCUCUCGUAUUAAGCUCACUCUCUCCAAGCUCAGAUACUUGAAGCAUUACAUUACAAGCAUUACAACUCAGACUCUCUCUCUCUCUCAAGCAUUACCCAGCUCUCUCAAGACAAGACUAAGCGGGUUAUUGCUUCAAGGUAUCAAAGAUCAUUGGAUACGGUACAAAGGAAGCUUGAUGAUGUCUUGUGUGCUCUUCUCAAGUUUGCAGCAGAUACACUAAGACCACAAGAAGGCGAGUUUGAAAGAGUAAGUCCUGUUGUGAGGAAUAAUCGUCAGUAUUGGCCUCAUUUCAAAGAUUGUGUCGGAGCACUUGAUGGAACGCAUGUCCCGGUUCGUCCUCCAAGUCAGAAUGCAGAAGCCUAUAAUGGUAGAAAAGGAGUUACAAUGAAUGUUCUUGCUAUAUGUAACUUCGAUAUGAAGUUCAUAUAUGCAUAUGUCGGAGUACCUGGUAGAGCACAUGAUUCAAAGGUCUUGACUCAUUGUGCGAGGAAUGAGGCUUCUUUCCCACAUCCUCCUCCUGGAAAGUACUACCUAGUUGAUUCCGGAUACUCGACCAGGACAGGGUAUCUUGGUCCGCAUCGUAAUAUGCGAUAUCAUAUUCCUCAAUUUCGUAGAGGAGGACCACCAGUUAGUGCACGAGAGCUGUUUAACAAAAGGCAUUCAAGUCUGCGAUCAUACAUUGAGAGGACAUUUGGAGUAUGGAAAGCAAAAUGGAGGAUUUUGGACCGUAAGCAUCCAAAAUAUGGUCUGGUCAAGUGGAUUAAGUUGGUGACAGCGACGAUGGCGUUACACAACUUCAUACGUGAUUCACAUCGGGAUGAUCAAGAUUUUUUAGAAUGGGAAAAUGUUGAUGUUGGAGUUGAAGAAGCUCAUAGUGAUGAUGAUGAAGAAGAAGAAGAAGAAGGAGGUGAUGAUGAUGAUGAUGAUGAUGAUGGUGGUGGACAUAUUGAAUAUGAACCGAGAGGUGAUACAGCAAUGGAGGCUUUGCGUGAUAACAUCACAAACGGAUUUGGUAGAGGUCGUUUACCAUAUUAAAUUAUGUUUAAGUUAAUGAUUUUUUUUUAAGACUUGUUGUAAUAUUUGUUUUAUCAACCAACUUAAUUUAAUGUUUCUUUUAUCUAUAAAACAUAUUUGCCUUA